GUUUAGGCCAAUCUGAGCUAAUCCAAGACAGUCUCAGAAUUUAGUCCAAUCUAUAAUAGUCUGCCGUACCAAACAAGCCCUUAAAGUCCAAUCCUAACCAAUCUAGUCCAGCCCACUAAACAGGCCUAAAUGUUUGUGAAUGACACCCAUAACAUUAUUUACAACAUAAAAAAAAUCCUUCUAAGGUAAAUUUCUUUGUUUGGUCAAUGGUAAAAUUUGAUCGACAGUUGGACUCGGGUCAUCGGGGACACUUGGACUCGGGUCAUAAGGGACACCUGGACUCGGGUGAGUUGCUACUUUUCUUUUCCUCAGAGUCACACACAGUCAGAGUUCACUUUGCCAGAGACUGUUUGUUUUAUAUUCAAAGGAGCUUCUCAGGCAAAAGACAGAGAAAGAAAGUAAACCCUCUCUUCACUUCACUGCCAUUCAUUCAACUCACCGAGUCAGCGAGCGAGUUCGAAUGGGCGAUCCUCUGGAGAGGCUGGGAUCGGAGGCCGAAGGGCUUGAAUCGAGCAUCAAGGACGACCUCUCCAUGGAGAUCGAUCCUCCUUUCAAAGAGAACACGGCCACAGCCGACGACUGGAGAAAGGCGCUCAGCAAGGUCGUCCCCGCCGUCGUCGUUCUGAGGACAACCGCGUGUCGUGCCUUCGACACUGAGGCCGCUGGUGCUAGCUAUGCCACUGGCUUUGUCGUCGAUAAGCGCCGCGGGAUCAUCCUCACCAAUCGCCAUGUUGUCAAGCCUGGACCUGUAGUUGCAGAAGCCAUGUUUGUGAACCGUGAAGAAGUUCCAGUAUACCCUAUAUACAGGGAUCCGGUACAUGAUUUUGGCUUCUUUUGUUAUGAUCCUGGUGCAAUACAGUUUCUUAAUUAUGAAGAGAUUUCUCUGGCCCCUGAGGCUGCUUGUGUUGGUCUAGAAAUCAGGGUUGUCGGUAACGAUAGUGGUGAAAAGGUCUCUAUUUUAGCUGGUACUCUUGCUCGUUUGGAUAGGGAUGCUCCUCAUUACAAAAAGGAUGGUUACAAUGACUUCAAUACAUUCUACAUGCAAGCUGCAUCUGGCACUAAAGGUGGUUCCAGUGGAUCUCCUGUGGUUGAUUGGUUAGGCAGGGCAGUGGCCUUGAAUGCUGGUAGCAAGUCAUCAAGCGCUUCAGCUUUUUUUUUACCCUUAGAACGAGUUGUGAGGGCAUUGAAGUUUCUCCAGAAAGGCAGAGAUUCCUUUGUCAAUAAAUGGGAGGCAGUCUCUAUACCUCGUGGUACGCUUCAGGUGACUUUUGUCCAUAAAGGAUUUGAUGAGACACGCCGACUUGGCCUUCAGAGUGAAACAGAGCAGUUAGUUCGUCAUGCAUCUCCCCUGGGCGAAACUGGGAUGCUUGUUGUUGAGAAUGUGGUACCUGGUGGUCCAGCUUACAAGUGUUUGGAGCCAGGUGAUGUUCUUGUUUGCAUGAAUGGGGAAGUAAUUACCCAAUUCCUGAAAUUGGAGACCUUACUUGAUGACAGUGUUAAUCAAAAGAUUGAAAUGCAAAUUGAAAGGGGUGGCAAACCAUUAACUGUAGAUUUGGUGGUGCAGGAUUUACACUCAAUAACCCCUAAUUACUUCUUAGAAGUAAGUGGUGCAGUGAUACACCCUCUCUCCUACCAACAGGCUAGAAAUUUUCGUUUCCAUUGUGGCCUUGUGUAUGUGUCAGAACCAGGAUAUAUGCUCUUUAGAGCUGGAGUUCCUCGCCAUGCUAUCAUUAAGAAGUUUGCUGGUGAGGAAAUAUCAGGACUUCUGGAUCUAAUUUCAGUUCUAUGCAAGCUAUCUCGGGGUGCUCGAGUGCCAUUAGAGUAUAUAAGCUACAUGGAUCGUCAUCGAAGGAAGUCAGUCCUGGUCACGGUUGAUCGCCAUGAAUGGUAUGCCCCUCCACAGAUAUACACACGUGAUGAUUGUACAGGCCUUUGGACUGCCAAGCCUGCUUUUCAGCCUGAUGCUAUUCUGCUAUCAUCUGGUAUCAAUGAUCUCGGAGGUACAGGAAGCCAAGCAGGUCCUCCAAGUAGCGAGGUCAUUUCUGUGGGACACAUACAUCGCGAUAGCCAUGAGGAAUUGACUGAUGGCGUCGCUAGUAUGGAAACCAGUUAUGAGCAUGCUUCUGAAGGAGCACAUUCUCGGGAUGAAUUUGAUGCUGGAACAAAGAAGCGGCGAGUGAAGGAGAAUUUUUCAUCUGAUGGAGGUGUUGUUGCUGACUGUUCUUUCCCCGAAACAAAUGAAGGUAACCUGGAGGAUCCAAAUACCAUGGAGAAUGCUGUUAUGGGAGAUUUUCAAGCUGCAAAUUUAGCAACUGCUAAUGCUUCAUUAGCUGAACGUGCUAUAGAGCCAACUCUAGUUAUGCUUGAGGUUCAUGUACCACCAUCUUGUAUGCUCGAUGGUGUACAUUCACAACAUUUUUUUGGGACUGGUGUAAUUAUCUAUCAUUCUCAAAACAUGGGAUUGGUUGCUGUUGACAAGAACACAGUUGCAAUAUCUGCCUCUGACGUGAUGCUUUCAUUCGCUGCUUUUCCAAUUGAAAUUCCAGGCGAGGUAGUUUUUCUCCACCCUGUUCACAAUUAUGCCCUCAUUUCGUAUGAUCCCUUGGCCCUGGGAGCUAUUGGUACCUCUGUUGUUCGUGCUGCUGAACUACUUCCUGAUCCUGCGUUACGUCGUGGGGAUUCUGUGUAUCUUGUGGGGUUAAGUAGAAGCCUACAAGCAACAUCUAGAAAGUCCACUGUGACCAACCCUUGUGCUGCAUUAAAUAUUGGCUCUGCUGAUUGUCCACGGUACAGAGCAACCAAUAUGGAAGUCAUCGAGCUUGAUACUGAUUUUGGUAGUACAUUUUCUGGUGCGCUAACUGAUGAGCAUGGAAGGGUCCAAGCCAUCUGGGGUAGCUUUUCAACUCAGGUUUAUACUGUUUCCCUCAGCAAAAGAAAAAGAAAAACUAAAAAUAAAUCCAGUAGCUCUGAAGAUCAUCAAUUUGUUAGAGGCAUCCCAAUUUAUGCAAUCAGCCAAGUCCUAGAAAAAAUCAUUUCUGGUGCUCAAGGCCCUCCUCUUCUCAUAAAUCGUGUCAAAAGGCCAAUGCCUCUAGUCAGAAUUUUAGAGGUCGAACUAUAUCCUACAUUGCUUUCAAAAGCCCGAAGUUUUGGUCUGAGUGAUGAUUGGGUCCAAGCUCUUGUCAAGAAAGAUCCAAUUAGACGACAAGUUUUACGUGUCAAAGGAUGUUUAGCUGGAUCUAAAGCUGAAAAUCUCUUAGAGCAGGGAGACAUGGUUUUGGCGAUCAAUAAGGAGCCAGUUACAUGCUUCCGUGAUGUGGAAAAUGUCUGCCAAGCAUUCGACAAAAAUGAAAACAAAGAUGGCAAGCUUGACAUGACCAUUUUUCGGCAGGGACGUGAAAUUGAUCUUCUUGUGGGAACUGAUGUUAGGGAUGGGAGUGGUACUACUCGUGUAGUAAAUUGGUGUGGGUGUAUCGUUCAGGAUCCACAUCCAGCAGUGCGUGCUCUUGGGUUUCUUCCAGAAGAAGGUCAUGGCGUAUAUGUGGCAAGGUGGUGUCAUGGUAGUCCAGUGCAUAGGUAUGGUCUAUAUGCUCUUCAGUGGAUAGUUGAAGUCAAUGGAAAACAGACUCCUGAUUUAGAUGCUUUUGUGAAUGUAACAAAGGAAUUAGAACAUGGACAGUUUGUUCGCGUGAGGACAGUCCACCUAAACGGGAAGCCCAGAGUUCUAACAUUGAAGCAGGACUUGCACUACUGGCCCACUUGGGAGCUGAGAUUUGAUCCUGAUUCUGCUAUGUGGUGCCGAAAGACAAUUAAGGCGCUAGAUUAUACUGGCAUAUAAACAAUGCGUGUUCGUCUCGCGACACAGUUAGUGUUGGAAGCAGGAGGUAGAAAUGCUUACAAAGUUUCAGAAGCCCCUGUUAGUCAGGGUUUCAGCAUCUUGGCUCUUGGGCAUCAUACAUGGAGUUUAUUAUAUUCAGGCAGACAGAUAUCUGCAUUAUCUAUUCAAUCAUUGGUUUUAGGGGUUAUAGACUGCAACGAUACCUAUAGAUGUUAUGUGAAUUUGUUUAAAUGAAGAAAAUAAAGGAAAAAUGGAAAUUUGAUGUCACACAGCAUUUGAUAAGGCAUUGUUUUAGGGCAUC